AUGUUAGUUGGUUCAGCAUCAGGAUCAACGCCGGGGGCCGUUGGGGUGUGGAAUGGGACAGCCAUCAAAUUAUUUAAGGUGCAGGAAACAGCUGCUCAGGGCCCAACGCUACUGGCCCCCAAGGGCGCUGUGGAUGCGGUGGGUAGCAAUCUAGUACAGCGCAUUGGGAACUUGAAUCUUCGUGGACGCGGGAGUGGGUCACAGGAGGGACAGGGCGAGGCUGGAAGAGAUGUUUAA